GACAGUAUUCAAUAGGCCUACGUCACGACGCAGAUACUCUCACGAUGUGUUCCUCAUUUAAAGUGCAGAGGCAGAGCAUUUCUCUUGGACCAUCAGUAAUGACUUCAAAGUCGUGGAUCCUAUCUUUCUCUACAAUACUACUGGUGCUUUGUGCAAUUGUUGCUGCCAUUGCAAUAGGGAUUCAGAUGUUCAGGCAACAAAAACAUGACUUGGAUGGCAUAGUUGCAUCAGUGCAUCAUCCAGGCGAACCGCUCCGUAUUCUUCUGGUUGGAAAACAGGGGUGGGAUAAAAAAGUGCAACAGGCAACACAAUCCUGGGACAAAAGGUUUUUUAAAUCAGAGAUAUCUUCCUCCUCUGUGACUGGACAAUGUGAAAAAUUUCAUGCAAUUAUAAAUGGCAGAAAAGUGUCCGUCAUUGACUCUCCAGGUCUGUUUGACACCAACCUAACUAAAGAGGAAGUGGUCAACAGAAUAAAACGCUGUAUUCCUCUCUCUGCUCCUGGUCCACAUGUCUUCUUAGUUGUGAUUCAGCUGGGCAGAUUCACAGAUGAAGAGGCAAAAGCGGUAAGAAUUAUCCAAACAGUUUUUGGUGAGGAAUCCUCCAAUUACAUCAUGGCACUGUUCACUCAUGGAGAUCGACUGGAGGGCAAAAACAUUCACACAUUUGUGCGGGACAACCCAAAACUGCUCAGUUUCAUCAAAACAUGCAAUGGACGAUACCACGUGUUCAACAAUAAAGAACAAAAUCCUGAAAAGGUCAUUCAGUUGCUCGACCAGAUUGAUAAAAUGGUCACUGGGAAUGGUGGGCAACACUACACCAAUGAGAUGCUUGAAAAGGUAGAAAGAGAAAUUGAGAAAGAGAAACAACGUAUCCUGCAGAAGACAGCAGAGCAGAGACAGAAAGAGUUAGAAAUUCUGAGGAUUCAACUUGAAGAUGAGGCCUACGAAAAAGCUAAGAAAAAACUGAACAAUGAUUACGAGCAGCGAGCAAGAUGGGAAGCAGAGAGGAACCCUUCAUUUAUAAUGAAAGUGGUCAAUUAUUUGAAAAAACUGUUCAACUUUGUCUAAGCCAGUUCAUCUCCAAUGGACAC